UUCAGCCUAGUGAUGCACAAGUUGCAGAAUGGAUUCUUGAUGGAUUUUGGCAAGUUUUUGGACACUUAAAUAAUUUAAUUAUGUAGUCCCUUAUCACAAGCAUGUUUCAAAUGACUUUACAGAUAAUGAACUUUACUAAAGUCUACAUUUCUAUGUAAUAACCUGUAUAAUUAAGGGAGAUGCGCCAUUGCUCUCCAUGUAGGAAAUGGAACAAGCACUAUGCUUUUUGAGGGCCAAGCUGAUCACCUCAUCCCUUCCACCUCCCAAGUGCUUGUGCAGAGUGACUUGUUCAAGAUGGCAGGGAGGAUGAUAGGUCACUCCUUUCUUCAUGGUGGGCCUCCACUGACGGGUGUCAGCCCAGCAAUUCUGCAUGUUUUGUUAGGUGGCUCCCGGGAGACAGCAACCAUCGUGCUGGAAGAUGUGGCAGACAUCGAUAUCCGCGAGACAAUACAGCUGCUUGAGAUGAAAACAAGCAGUGAGCUGACAGAGGACCAGAGGGCUGUCGUUAACCAGUUGGCGUUAUCUUGGCACCUUCCUGUGUUAACAAAAGCCAACCACGUAUGGCUUUUACAGAGUCUUCUACAGCAUGCGGUGUUGGGGCAAACUUCCAAACAAAUGAAACAGCUGAGGCAGGGACUGCAGGACACUAUGUUAUGGCCACUGUUGGAGGCCAGGCCAGAUGUGGUUUCAGUGGUUUUCCCACAUCAGUCCAUGGCUAAAUGCAGUGCUCAGGGCAUGGAGCUGCCCACGCAGCAGAGCAUCUGA